AUGGUCAGCCCUGAUGAUAGAGACAGACCACCUGUAACAGUCAGCCUUGAUGAUAGAGGUAGACCACCUGUAAUGGUCAGCCCUGAUGAUAGAGACAGACCACCUGUAACGGUCAGCCCUGAUGAUAGAGACAGACCACCUGUAACGGUCAGCCCUGAUGAUAGAGACAGACCACCUGUAAUGGUCAGCCCUGAUGAUAGAGACAGACCACCUGUAACGGUCAGCCCUGAUGAUAGAGACAGACCACCUAUAACGGUCAGCCCUGAUGAUAGAGGUAGACCACCUGUAACAGUCAGCCCUGAUGAUAGAGGUAGACCACCUGUAAUGGUCAGCCCUGAUGAUAGAGACAGACCACCUGUAACAGUCAGCCUUGAUGAUAGAGGUAGACCACCUGUAAUGGUCAGCCCUGAUGAUAGAGACAGACCACCUGUAACGGUCAGCCCUGAUGAUAGAGGUAGACCACCUGUAACAGUCAGCCCUGAUGAUAGAGGUAGACCACCUGUAAUGGUCAGCCCUGAUGAUAGAGACAGACCACCUGUAAUAGUUAGCCCUGAUGAUAGAGACAGACCACCUGUAAUGGUCAGCCCUGAUGAUAGAGACAGACCACCUAUAACGGUCAGCCCUGAUGAUAGAGGUAGACCACCUGUAACAGUCAGCCCUGAUGAUAGAGGUAGACCACCUGUAAUGGUCAGCCCUGAUGAUAGAGACAGACCACCUGUAACAGUCAGCCUUGAUGAUAGAGGUAGACCACCUGUAAUGGUCAGCCCUGAUGAUAGAGACAGACCACCUGUAACGGUCAGCCCUGAUGAUAGAGACAGACCACCUGUAACGGUCAGCCCUGAUGAUAGAGACAGACCACCUGUAAUGGUCAGCCCUGAUGAUAGAGACAGACCACCUGUAACGGUCAGCCCUGAUGAUAGAGACAGACCACCUGUAAUGGUCAGCCCUGAUGAUAGAGACAGACCACCUGUAAUGGUCAGCCCUGAUGAUAGAGGUAGACCACCUGCUUUGGAUGCUAAAUCAAUUGCGAGGCUAUCAUGUUGA